GAACAUCUGGCCAGAAGACCAGAAGGGAGGAGGCACACGACACCAUCAUCAAACGUCCAGGUCACCUCAUAACACCCACGCCCUUCCUUCUCUCUUCAAUCAAGCUGCUUGUCACUUGGCAGUCAAUCACUUCCUCACAUCUUCAUUGACAUCUCCAGACCGAUCACCCUUUCAUUACCUGUCUGGAAACCUGGUACCGGCUUUGUCAAGAACCAUUGCCAGUUCCACUCUCCACUCUUCAAGGUCUCCUUGACUCUAGUCAUCGCCAUCGCCGCCAUGUCUAAGCCUCUCUUUGCUACCGUGAAGUCCGUCUUGAGCGGGGAUACCUUGAUUCUUGCCAAUCCUCAAAACCCAACAGCUGAGCGGACUCUUUCUCUCGCCUACGUGAGCGCCCCUCGGCUCAGCAAGGAUGGCGAUGAGCCAUUUGCGUUCCAGUCCCGAGAGUUCCUGAGGAAUCUUGUCGUGGGAAAGCCCAUUAAGUUCACCGUCUUGUACACGGUACCGACCUCGGGGCGCGAGUACGGCACUGCGGAGCUUCAGGAUAGUACCCAGUUCCCUGAUGAGUUGGUCAAGAAUGGCUGGGUCAAGGUCCGCGAGGAUGCUGGCAAAAAGGAAGACAACGAGGACCUUCUGCAAAGACUCGAUCAGCUCCGCGAGCUCGAGACCAAGGCCAAGAAUGAGGGCAACGGGCUCUGGGCCGGCACAGGCGGCGUGAUCGAGGUCCAGAAUGACCUUGGUCACCCGCAGUUCCUGGACGGGUUGAAAGGCAAGACACUGGAUGGCGUUGUUGAGCGUGUGUUCAGCGGUGAUCGCCUCCUGGUUCGCAUCUUGCUUUCAGACAAGAAGCACCUGCAAGUCAUGACGCUUGUCGCUGGUAUACGUACUCCAUCCACGGCCAGGACAAUUGUCUCGACGGGCCAGACGCAGCCAUCCGAAGAAUUUGGCGACGAGGCCAAGGCCUUCGUCGAGAAGCGGCUGCUCCAGCGGUCCGUCAAGGUGGAGGUUGCAGGAGCAAGCCCUCAAGGCCAACUCAUUGCUACGGUUCUGCACCCCAACGGAAACAUCGCUGAGUUCCUCCUCGCCGAAGGUCUUGCUCGGUGCAAUGACUUCCACGUCACCAUGCUCGGAGACAGGAUGCCCUCCCUGCGCGCUGCGGAGAAGAAGGCCCAGUCAUCCAAUCUCAAGCUGCACAAGCACCAUGUCGCCAAGGAGGCGGCAAAGGAAUCCGAAAUGACAGUCUCGAAGAUCAUCAGCGCCGACACCAUCAUUGUGAGGAACAAGAACGGCGAGGAAAAGCGAAUCAACCUGAGCAGCGUUCGUGGGCCCCGCACAAACGAGUCAUCCGAGGCCCCGUUCAGGGAUGAGGCCAAGGAAUUCCUGCGCAAGAAGCUGAUCGGGAAACACGUCAAAGUGGCAGUUGACGGGUCGAAGCCGGCUUCAGAUGGGUACGAAGCGCGAGAAGUUGCCACGGUGACCCAGAACGGCAAGAACAUCGGUCUACAGCUUGUACAGGAGGGUUGGGCUUCGGUCAUCCGCCACCGCAAGGACGACACCGACCGUGCCUCCAACUAUGAUGAGCUGUUGGCCGCGCAGGAGAAGGCCAAGGAGGAAAAGAAGGGUAUGUGGGCCGGCAAGCCACCAAAAUCCAAGGUUCUGGUCGACGCUUCCGAGAGCCUUCAGAGAGCGAAGAUGAACCUCGGCUCCCUUCAACGGCAAAAGAGGAUCCCCGCAGUGGUCGACUUCUGCAAGUCCGGGUCCAGGUUCACCGUGCUCAUUCCCCGUGAAGGCGUCAAACUCACGUUGGUCCUGGGCGGAAUCCGUGCCCCCCGAGCAGGCCGCUCGCCCGAAGAGAAGGGCGAGCCUUUCGGCAACGAGGCCCUGGAUCUUGCAAACAAGAGGUGCAACCAGCGAGAUGUCGAGGUCGAUAUCCACGACACGGACAAGAUCGGAGGUUUCAUCGGUGACCUGUACGUCGGCCGCGAGAGCUUUGCCAAGCUACUUGUCGAGGAGGGAUUUGCUUCAGUGCACCAGUACUCGGCAGAAAAGUCCGGCAACGCUGCGGAGUUGAACGCUGCGGAGCGCAAGGCCAAGGAGGGACGCAAGGGGAUCUGGCACGACUGGGACCCAUCUCAGGAUGAGCAGGAGGAGGAGGCCGCCCCCACUGAGACUGCGGCUGCCGAUGCUCCUGUCAACAUCAAGCGAGAGUACCGCGACAUUGUCAUCACCAACAUUGACCAGAAUGGCAAGAUCAAGAUCCAGGAGGUUGGCAAGGGCACUGCGGCGCUUGAGCAGAUGAUGUCCACCUUCAGGAAGUUCCACCUUGAUUCCAAGAACAAUGUGGGCCUGAAGGACACACCCAAGGCGGGCGACAUUGUCUCGGCCAAGUUCACUGAGGAUGGACAGUGGUACCGAGCACGCAUACGAUCCAACGACCGGGCCAACAAGAUUGCGGAGGUGGUGUACAUUGACUACGGAAACACGGAGAAGAUCCCCUGGGCGAAGCUGCGGCCGCUCAACCAGGCCGAGUUUGGCACGCAGAAGGUGCGGGCUCAGGCCAUCGAUGCGUCGCUGUCCCUGGUGCAACUGCCCACGGCGCCCGAGUACCUGAACGACACGAUCGGCUUCAUCGGGGAGGUGACGGAGGGCAAGACGAUGGUGGCCUCGUUCGACCUUGUCGACCAGAAGGAGGGUGUCAGCUACAUCACGAUCUACGAGUCGAGCGGAUCGCCCAAGCCGCACGAGUCUCUGAACCGCGAGGUCCUGCUCAACGGGCUGGGCUUGGUGCCCAAGAAGCUCAAGGCAUGGGAGAGGAGCCCGGUCUUUGCUGAUACUCUGAAGGAGUACAAGAAGGCCGAGACCGCAGCCAAGAACGACCGUCUGGGAAUCUGGGAGUAUGGCGAUCUCACUGAGGACUAAAGAGGCAGACUUACACUUACGGCCUCCAACAAGGUGAGAGGUCGCGGGAUGAGGGAUUUGGGGGUUGGGGGGGUUUGGAAGCGGGCGGGAGCACCCAUGAAGAUCAUCAGGUGCCUGCGACUGUGGGACACAACCCUCGACCCUGCGCAGCUCCAGUUCAAUAAAAGUUAGCGAGGCAGCUCUGACAGCAUUGCAUCGCAUCGUUUUGGCAUUGUUACAUAGUAGUGUGUAGAAAUAUUAUGAUUGCCAAGCCCG